AUGCCGCUCAAAGUCUUGAUUCAAAGACGAAAGGUGGAGUCGAUGGUAGCACACAGUCGCGGUCGAUACUUCGCUCAUCGACAUCUGCGUUCGCAUGGGAGCAAAACAUUGUGUCACAGACAUUCAAGCCUUUGGCUGUAA